AUUCAGCAAAUAAAUACGGCGUUGCGACACUCUUUGCAUGGUAAUGAAAUAGUAUUGUUGCCAAACUGAACCGAUGUGUAUGGUAGAAAGUGGAUAGGUAUAAACAAGCGAUUAUAUAGAUGCGAAAAUAUGGUGGGUAUCGUCUUUGAGAGUAUAUUCUUGUGUAUUAUACCUUAGUGUGGUUUCAUAGAUUACCAGUGGGCCUUACAAAAUUUAACGACAUAUUGCUGCUUGCCUACGACAACUUAGAAUAUUCUAACACUCCACCAUGUUUAUGCAGCCUAUCAGUUAGCAGAGACGCUUAAAUAAGUUAGCCUUGAAAAUAGCAAAUACUCGCUAAAACACUAUGGGGGAUGAGAGAAAUAAUAUCGAGCAAUAAAUAUUUCUGUAAAUGAUUAAAUAUUUGGAAAAUAAUAUAUAUGUCUGCAGAAAGCGUAGUUUUGGAUAGUUCUCAACAUGGCUUCAAGAUACCAAUGUUCGCUUCCAAGCGACGUACUAGAAAAAGCCAUUAAAGAUCUUAACGAGCCUGAAAAUAUUGAUAAACGCCUCGAAAGCAUUGAUAAUUUGAAAGCUAGGUUCAAGGAAAAGUGCGACAAAUUUGAGCUUCUGGACGAAAGUGACGAAUUCUUGUUACGAUUUUUAAGAUCUUGUGAAUUCGACCUAGAAUAUUCGCUCAAAACUUUGGAAUGUUAUCAUAAAAUUAGAAGAGAAUGGCGAGAAGUUUUUGAUUUGGUUGAAAACAAGAAAAACAUACGGAAGUCAUUUGCUUCAGGACCAUCGAUAUUCUGGGGUGGUAGAGCCAAAGAUGGAAGCUUUAUUUUAUUACAAAGACCAGGACUUGGGAAUUCGUUGGCCAAACUUAUUGCUUCCGUUUUUCUCUCCUAUGAAAAAAUGAUUGAAAACGAGGAGGCCCAGAUAUUUGGGAUAACAGUAAUCGUCGACCUAUCGCACUUGGGUUUUAGAAUGGGGAUGCAAAUGACUUCCAUAGGUAAACGAUUUCUUCGAAUGCUUCAGGAGGUUCUGCCAAUCCGGAUAAUAUCCAUUAAUAUUGUAAACGAAGCUUAUGUGUUUGAUGCGAUGUUUGCUAUUGUGAGCAAUUUUAUGAGCAGUCACAUCAAGCAAAAGAUGAGAUUUCAUCGCCAUAAUCUUCAUGAACUUCACGAAUCGAUCGACGCAAAUUCGUUGCCACCAUUUUUAGGGGGAACCGGGCAGGAAAUAGAUAUUGAAGAGUGGACUAGAGAGGUUAUUGACACAUAGUAUGAGCAAAAAACUUCAAAUUAAGCUUUUGAUUUAUAUGAUAGCUCGGCAUGGCCAAAACACAAGGAAGAUCGCGUUUUCAACAAGAUAUACAGCACGGCACAGUAAUAUAUUAAUCGAAGACAUGCACUGUGAAAAUUGAAGGGUUUUUGUAUAUUGAAGCAUUGUGAAGUAUUAGCAUACAAAUAUAAUGUUGCCGUUUCAAAAUAAAUUAACUCUAAAUAAAAAUUCCAUGUUUGAGCAACGGUA